CUCUCUUCCCCUAAAGAGAGGCUGGGUCACCUGCCUAGUCGGGAUCGCUUUUGCUACCACCGAAUAGCAGGUCAUCCUCAGUUGGUCCUGUUAUCAAGCUAGGAGUAUUCCAACCUCUUUCCCCAAGGCCUACAGUAUUCUGGUGUUCAAUUCUGGCUUGAAUUUUGCUCACGUCAGAAAAGCCGCGUAUUCCGCAGGCGCUUUGGUCCCGAUUGGCACGGGUCAUUGAUUCCUGAACACGCUAUAGUCUUACCUGGCCUGAAUACGUCAAAGAGAGACAGUGAAAACGCCAUGGCUCCCUUUUCUUUUUCAGGUAGUAUGGUUGUGAGAACCCUUGAAUUCCGAGACACACGUUUCGCGGAUGCCGGACAUGGCUGGGUGAUAUUUUCCACUUAUCAGGCCUGGGUCAGGCUAGAGCCAGGAACAGUUUCUUGGAGCGGGACGACCCAACGCGGACAUGGGCCUUGUCUCCUAGGUCCUCAUGAAUCCGCUGUCAUCAUCGCUAGGCGCCUCACGGAGAGUUUAAGCGCACGGACACUCCGGACGUCCUUGGCAGCAGGUCUCCAUAGUCUUGAUGAUUCCCCAUUUUCGCGACGUGCAAUGAGAACAGUGCUUCAGCCGGGGUCUGAGCCGAUCGUCGCAGCCCGUCCUGAGCCUCUCCAUCUAUACGCACAAGCGCCAAAUAGUGCAGCUAGCAUUACGGAUGCAUUUUCCGAAAUCCAACCCUCCACUUUCGCACGAGACCCCCCUUCCGUAUCAACUGUCGGCUUCUUCAUUCAUUCACAUGUUCACGCUGUUACGCAGUGCCAUCUUCGC